AGUCGCCAGGGUUGUGCGUGCAAUGACGAAUCUGUUUUAAAGUACAUUUGCACUAUUAUAAGAUAUAUAAACUGUGGUGAAGAAAUGUGUAAUGUGAAAUGGGUAUAAAAUUAACACCUUUCGUUAAACAAUGUAUAGUGACGGGUGCUGUUGGGUGUAACAUAAUAUGCAAUAUCGGCUUCGUGUUCGGUCUGCCCGGAGUGCUGCUGCCCGCGUUACAACAACCGCACUCAGAAAUACCCCUCAGUAAACUCAGCGCAUCAUGGAUAGCUUCAAUCAUCAGCAUCACAUCCCUGUUGGGGAACUUCGUGACGCCCAGCAUCAUGGAGCGGUUCGGCAGGAGAGUGGCACACAUCUGUGCCAGUAUGCCAGCAGUCAUCAGCUGGUUUGUCCUCGCUUUUGCCACUGAUGUCCAAAUGGUGUUAUUUGCCAGAGUUCUCCAAGGUCUGUCAGCGGGCGCCAUCUUGCCGCUACGGUCCGUCCUCAUCGGCGAAUACGCAAGUCCUAAAUAUCGCGGUGGAUUCCUCACCAGUGUCUCUUUAGCUCAAGGAUUUGGAAUAUUUCUAAUACAUUUCAUAGGUUCCGUAUUAAAUUGGAAGACAACGAGUAUCGUUUGUGGAAUUAUUGCGAUUUCGAGUCUUAUUAUGGCAUUUUAUUUGCCGGAAUCACCGAGUUGGUUGGCGCUUAAAGGGAAAUACGAAGAAUGUAGGAAAGCAUUUCGUUUGUUAAGAGGAGAUGAGGAAGAAAGGGAGUUAGAAGAAUUGAUUGAGUCACAAAUAAAGUUGAAGAAGAAGAAAGAAAGAGAGGAGAAUGGGCCGCAAGUUAAUUGUGUAAAGAAGUUGGGUGCAGUUGUUAAGAGAAGAGAGUUUUAUAUGCCUUUGAUAAUUGUGUUUCACUGUCUUCUGAUGCUACAAGCGUGUGGGAAUUCAACUUUGCCGGCGUUUUCUGUUCAAGUUAUAACAUUAAUGAUGGGUCCAACUGCGAAUGCACACGCGUGGAUGGUUGUUUUAGAUUCUUUAAGAUUAGGUGUAAACAUAGCUGCUGUAUUUAUUAUAAACAAAUUCAAGCGACGGACAGUUUUGUUCUCGACUGGCGGAUUGUGUACUUUCGCUCACGUGGCGAUUGCAGUUUACAUGUAUUGUAAAUCGAAUAAUUUAUUAUCGUAUGACGCUGAAUGGAUUCCUGGUUUAUUGAUAGUGUUACAGUUUUUCUGUAUCGGUUUAGGAAUGGUACCUAUGCCGACUGUGAUAUCAGGAGAACUAAUACCUUUAGAAUUUAGGAGUGUUAUAUCAAGUAUUGGUGUUAUUUUUCUAAGCAGUGUUAUGUUUUUAGUGUUACAAACGUUCCCAUUGUUAUUAGAUAGUAUACAUUUGUCAGGUACUUAUGCGAUAUAUGCCGCGGUGUUAAGUUAUUUAUUUAUAGUGCUUUGGUUUAUUUUACCGGAGACGAGUGGGAAGACUUUGCAAGAAAUAGAGAAUGAGUUGCGAGGUGAAGAGACUCGCAUACAGGAUGUUGAAGCUCGAGUGAGUUUGAAACAAGAUGAAAGUGAGACUGCAAGAUCCUUAACUUAAUAUGAAAAGAAAAUUAUUUACAGAUAUUUAAAGAAUCCGUAUGAUGGAUAACCGUGAUCUAAUUACUGAUAGAAGUUCUUACUUUUUACAAUAAAGGUAGUAUAGUCCAUCUUAAAAUGAUUUUCCCAUUGUUAAACUAAAAUAUAGAAAUUAAUGUAGCUUGGUUAAUAAAACUACCUCGUUUCAACAAAAGACUGUUAACUACAUAAUAUAAAACUAUUACAUGUAUACUUAAUAUAAACAUGAUUUUUG